ACAGGAGCCACAGGGGUAGCAGGAGCAAGUUGUUUUCCUCUCCGUGGACCAGCCACAAGAAAGACACGUCUCAAACCCGAAAUGUUGGGCAGCAGGACCUGCCUGCAGGCCCCGGAUGCCUGGGUCCCCGCCCCAGGACCUGGAGGCCCCCCCGGCACACGCCUUCAAGAUGACGAGCUUCAAGAAGGUGAAGGCCUGCGGGAUCUGCCGGCAGGCCAUCACGCGCCAGGGCAGCACCUGCCGAGGCUCCCAGCUCUCCUGCCACACCAAGUGCCAAGCCAAGGCUGUGACCCCCUGCUCCCCUGCUGUCAACUAUGAUCCACCGUCCCCGGGGGAGAAUAUCACCAAGCAGGUAGAUGCCCUGGAUGCCACAAAAUCCCCCAGGAGCGGGCAGUCACGCCGCAAAACAUCCAGGAGCAUGAGUCUGACUGCGGCCAUGGAGAGCAGCUGCGAGCUGGACCUGGUGUACAUCACGGAGCGGAUCAUCGCCGUCUCCUACCCCAGCACGGCCGAGGAGCAGAGCUUCUGCAGCAACCUCCGCGAGGUGGCCCACAUGCUGAAGUCCAAGCAUGGGGACAACUACAUGCUUUUCAACCUCUCUGAGCGGAGACACGACAUCAGCAAACUUCAUCCCAAGUUGCUGGAUUUCGGGUGGCCCGACCUGCACACCCCAGCGCUGGAGAAGAUCUGCAGCAUUUGCAAAGCCAUGGACACGUGGCUCAACGCGGCGGCGCACAACGUGGUGGUGCUGCACAACAAGGGGAACCGCGGCCGGCUGGGGGUGGUGGUGGCUGCCUACAUGCACUACAGCAACAUCUCGGCCAGCGCUGACCAGGCUCUGGACAGGUUUGCCAUGAAGCGCUUCUAUGAGGACAAGAUAGUGCCAGUGGGACAGCCAUCCCAGAAGAGGUACAUCCAUUACUUCAGUGGGCUCCUGUCUGGCAGCAUCAAGAUGAACAACAAGCCCCUCUUCCUCCACCAUGUCAUCAUGCACGGCAUCCCCAACUUUGAGUCAAAAGGCGGUUGUCGGCCCUUCCUGAAAAUCUACCAGGCCAUGCAGCCCGUCUACACCUCUGGGAUCUACAACGUGCAAGGAGACAGCCAGACAGGCAUCUGCAUCACCAUCGAGCCCGGCUUACUCCUCAAGGGUGAUAUCUUGCUGAAGUGUUACCACAAGAAGUUUCGCAGCCCGACCCGUGAUGUGAUUUUCCGCGUACAGUUCCAUACGUGCGCUGUGCACGACCUUGAUGUCGUCUUUGGCAAGGAGGACCUGGAUGAAGCCUUCCGAGAUGACCGCUUCCCUGAGUACGGGAAGGUGGAGUUUGUGUUCUCCUACGGCCCUGAGAAGAUCCAAGGCAUGGAGCACCUUGAGAAUGGGCCCAGCGUUUCCGUGGACUACAACACGUCCGACCCGCUCAUCCGGUGGGACUCCUACGAGAACUUCAACAUCCAGCGUGAGGACAGCACAGAGGGCGCCUGGGCUGAGCCACCCCUGCCCAGCAAGCACCUGGAGAAAGAGGUUGGGCACACGCAAGGGCCCCUGGACGGGAGCCUCUACGCUAAAGUGAAGAAGAAAGACUCCCUCCCCUGCAGCACCGGCGCUGUCAACGCCGGCCGCCUCCCGCUCUCAGCGCUGGGGCUGAGACCCCACAACCCAGCUGAGAUCUUGCUGCAUCCAGUGGGAGAGCCCAGGAGCUACGUUGAGUCGGUGGCCCGCACAGCCACGACGGGCCGGGGAGGGAGCCUGCCCACCGCCCAGCCCGGGGGCCCGGAGGUGCCCACCAGGAAUGGCGCCUUCACCAACUCCUUCACUGCCCCCAGCCCGGUCUCCACCAGCAGCCCCAUUCACAGCGUGGACGGGUAA